AUGCCCCCGAAUAAAUCCUCAAAAGGCAAAAAUUUAGGGAGAGGUGGACGGCUGCUAACACCUGAGCCCAGCGUUGAGCCUGAUGCCAUUGAAACCAAGUCGCCUAUAUAUCCGACUUUACCUUCAAUCAAUGAAGAUAAUGGAAAUUCUUCUCUUGAGGAUGAUGAUACAUCAAUGGACGAAGCAACUGAAGAAAACGAUGCCAGGCCUGCCGAGAGUGAACCAGAUCCUCUCCCACAGCGGCUGAUCACGAUCAUUCAAGAAGUAUGCGUGAAUUCGAGUCAGGUCUUUCAGGAAAAGUUUCUUCAGGAUACACCAGAUUAUAACCACUGUCAGGAUUUUUUUGAUAACCUUAACAAAAGAAUUGAAGAAUCUAAUCAGGAGAAUGACGCCGAUCUUACCGAAGGAACUAUAGACACAAAAACUUUUCUUGUUAAUAUACGCACCUUUCGGGAGCACGCAGGCAGUUGCUAUGAUAAGAAAGAUAUCAAAGGCUGCUGGGCCGCAUUCGAUUCAUGCUUUAGCAUACUAGAUGGGUUCAACAAGAGAUAUCAUUUACCUGAGUCCUGGAACUUGACUGAGGGCUAG